CCUGCUGGUUUAAACCAGAGCCGUUGGGCUCUGGUUUUCCUCAGACUCUCUUUAUACUUAAUCAUGUCUCACUCUGACAACUUCACUGAUACAUGAAGUUAACCUCACAAGCCCAAACAAGCCCUCGAUCCCGAUAAUAUGAGCAGCGUUUGACUGGAAAAGACGUCGAAGUGUGUCGUUGUCUCGAUGAAAGAAGUCCCGGACAUUGAACUCGAGUGUACAGAUGUCUAAAGUGAAAAGUGUGACUAAAACGUCUUGAAGAAAUAUGGAAGACAUCUGUGGUCAGUAAAAGAGGCUGCUGCUUUUGGACUAGAAAAUGUAUCAUCAUAGAGUUUUGGAAUGACAUGAGGAAAUGUGUAACAUGAAGGCCUGAAUUUGCUAAAGACUGGUACAAAAGAUGGAACUUUCAUUUGAUGACCUUCCAAAAAUGUCUUCACCAGUGGUUGAGCUUCACUAAAGCUUCUAAAGGUUAAACACUGAACACCUGCAAAUGAGCCGCAGGUCCGUCACAGGCAAUAAAUCUUCAUCUUUGCGCAGCGCUGACAGGGUGCCGGGAUCAAAGCGGGCCGCACCGGCUCCAGCAGCAGAACCAGGGUCAUCUUCUGCUCGGGAGACGGAAAGUUUGAGUCCUUCAAGCGUCCUUCGCUUCUUCAGUCCAAAAGACUUAUUGCUACAUUUAUGAAGCCUGUCAGUUUGAAUUAACAGAAGCUUCUUAUGCUGAUCUGGGAUCAGAUUUUUUUGCAUUUUUGUGGGGUUUUUUUUUUCUUUGCGUGGGCAAUGAUCCUCAGUCAAUAUCUAAAAAGUCUGUUUUUAAGUGUGUUGUGACAACUUGCCCCACUAGAGGGUUCAACGUGUUGCUUGAAGUGUUCAACUUAAAUGUUAAUGUUUGGGUUUUGUGACUUUAAUACGUGUGUCUAUACAGAAAAUGAUUAUAAACCCAACCUGAGAAGUAUUCACUGUAGUAAAAGUGACAAAGUCUCCUGUACAACACGCUUUCUAAGCUCAUUUCUUUUUAAAACUUGAUAUGAUAUUUAUUUUAUCAAGUACUUGGGUGAGAAAGCUAACUCUACAUGAAUCAUUUUAAUUAUACAAAACCAUAUUAUGAUGCAUCUUUUAUAUUUCUCUAUGAUCAGCAUCUUUUGCAGUAGGUCGCAUUGUAUUGACCUGCACUAAUGCAGCGCGCGCUCGUUCCAGUGGUGAUGUUGCGCGCGCUGCUGCGAUGCAUCAGAGUGGCUCUCCAGGGUCUCCAGCAUCGAUUCUCUCCUCACACUCCAGUUAUUCCAUAGAGAAAAAGCAUAUAGCUCAGUGACCAAGACAAUCGGCGUAGUAUUGACGAAAUCGUUUAGCUGUCCCGUUUGGUCGUUCAAUGACGGGAGUUAGUGGGACCGCGCGCAUCGAUUGUUUACCAGAAUUACGCAUCUGCGUGUUUCUAAAGCCAAAUGGAUGAAGUUAAUAACAUAUCUUCUGAUUGUGUCAUGUCACGCGCGUGUGCAUCUUUGGAGUGAAAGGCGGAACGAGUGAUUCCUUGAAGCUGGAGCGCGACUGUCAGAAGCGCAGAAGUGAUGAUGAUGAUGAAGGCGCAGUUACGUGAAUGACCUGACCUGUGAUGAUCGCCUAUAUAAACACCAUCCAGCAAGAGAAAGUCAACAAAACCACUCCAGACGUGAUUCAGGACCACCAAACGCACUCAACAAGUCCACUGGACUCACCCACUUGAUUUCAGGACACUGGAUUACGCUGCUAUAAGGGACAAACAGCGAAAUAAUCGCAUGAUACUCAUCAGUGCAUGCGCCGGAUUCGCGAUGCACGGUGACUUUCUCCAAAUGUAGGUGAGAUUCUGCUCGUUCGGCGAGAUGGAGUCAUUUGCGGUGGCGGUGAACGGUGUUUCUCACACUGAAGAUCCGUUCUCCGGACCUCUCACGUUCAUCGCGCCCUGGAACUAUAAAGUCUUGGCUGCGCUGAUGUUCAUAGUGACCGUGGUUUCCCUCUGCGAGAACUUCACAGUGAUGCUGGUCACAUUCCGGUACACACAGCUCAGACAGCCUCUCAAUUAUAUCAUCGUCAAUUUAUCUCUGGCUGACUUUCUUGUGUCGGUGACUGGAGGGACUAUAAGUUUUUUAACUAACUACCACGGGUAUUUCUUCUUGGGUAAAUGGGCUUGUGUUUUGGAGGGCUUUGCAGUCACCUUUUUUGGUAUCGUGGCUCUGUGGUCUCUGGCCGUCCUGGCUUUCGAGCGCUUCUUCGUGAUCUGUCGGCCCCUGGGGAACAUCCGUCUGCGAGGCAAACACGCGGCUCUGGGUCUGCUGUUUGUUUGGACCUUCUCCUUCAUCUGGACCAUCCCGCCUGUCCUGGGCUGGAGCAGCUACACCGUCAGCAAGAUCGGCACCACCUGUGAACCCAACUGGUAUUCGGGAAACUUCCACGACCACACCUUCAUCAUCACUUUCUUCACCACCUGCUUCAUUCUUCCGUUGGGAGUGAUCAUCGUCUGUUACUGCAAACUGAUCAGGAAGCUGAGAAAGGUGUCCAACACUCACGGCAGGCUGGGUAAUGCCAGGAAACCGGAGCGUCAGGUGACCCGUAUGGUGGUUGUGAUGAUCGUGGCCUUCAUGGUGGCCUGGACUCCCUACGCUGCCUUCUCCAUUGUGGUUACGGCCCAUCCCAGCAUUCACCUGGAUCCUCGACUGGCAGCCGUUCCAGCGUUCUUCUCCAAAACAGCGGCCGUCUACAACCCCAUCAUCUAUGUGUUCAUGAACAAACAGUUCAGGAAGUGUCUGGUUCAGCUCUUAAGCUGCAGUGACGUCACCAUUGUCGAGGGUAACAUCAACCAGACCACCGAACGCGCUGGCAUGACCAAUGAGAGCAACACAGGGGAGAUGUCCGCCAUCGCCGCACGGAUCCCCUCGGCUGGAACCGUCCCACCUAAAACAGAGGAGCAUCCCAAUGAACGGAGCUCAUUUGCCAAAAUUCCCAUUCCUGAGAACAAAGUAUGUCCGAUGUGAUUGCAAACACACUCGAGACGUGUGCCAACUCUGUCCUCUGUCGCUCGUGUACUCUGGAUGAAUGAAUUUACGUUUUCUGAAUGUUGGCGUCUAAACUUUUAGUCUAAAUGGUGUUCACCCAGCAUUACAUUUUGCCGCUAAUGCAUGACAAAGAGACACUGGUGAAAUUACAGAAAAACACUGAAAUAGUGUUGGGGAAGAAGCUAUAAAACUACAAACUACCUUCUCAAAAAGUAUUUCGCUACACUGCAAAAAAAAAAAAAAAAUGCUGAUAUUAUUUCCUUGUUUUAAGUGUAAAUUCACUUAAUUUUGAUCAAUUUUUCAGAAAACAAGACUUUUAUAGUUUAUUUUAAAAUAAGAAUGUUUUGAUAUUUGUACUGGAAUGAAAAAGAUUUUUUUUUUUUUGCAGUGUGCAACAAAAGCUACUAAUAAAAAGUACCGGACUACUUUGAGGCAUAAGUGCGAUGAAUUUUAAAAUAUUAUUUUCAUUUAUCUUUUGCUUUAUUUAGCAACAGUUGCACAGAUUAUAGAUUAAUUUGCAAUACUAUUAUUUUAUACAACUAAUACAGUAACACUUUAUUGAGGCCUUUAUGUAUAUUGCAUACAUAAUGUGCAUUGUAAUGCAUUAUAUAUUUUUGUAAAUAAUUGUAAGUUAAAAUGCAUUAUAUUUGCAGAUUUACUUACAUCUGAAAUUGGUUGUUUGUCAUGUGUUUUAAUGCAUUAUAUUUUGUAAUGUGUAACAAUGAAUGGAUAAGUAUUGUAACUGUGGUUACAAUUAUUAAUAAGAUCAUACAAUUCAUUAUAAGGGAUAAUGAAUGCAUUAAAUAUACAUUCAUAAUGCAUUAUAUAUAAAGGCUUCAAGAAAAGUGUUACCACUAAUACUAUCCUAAAACUGUCCAUACUGUGGCAAUACCAUGGUACUACUAUAGUACUUCAAUAUAUGCCAUGGUACUAAAUUAUAACCAUAUACCAUGAUAUUUACAUGGUAAGAAUUCAUUGGAAGAAUGGAAUUAACACAAUACAUGUUUAAAUAAACCAUUUUUUAAUUUAAGUACUUUCUUGCAAGAGUGAGCUGAAAACACAAGUGAUGGACCCAGAAAUUCACUAAAUAGUCUGAGUGUGUUAGUGUUUUACUGCAUCUAUCACUGCGACAGAAAAACAGUGAUGUCGCAUUUUGUCACUCAACACUGAUACUUGUUGGGGGGAAAAAAAACUAUUUUUAACAGCUGAAAUACUGAAAAAUGUAGUUAAUUUAGUAGCACUGCUGCUUAAGUUAGUUUCUCCUCAACACUGCACACAUGACUCAUGAAUGUUGAUCAUCAGUUACUGGACUUUCAGAGUCUCCUUCACUGCAACAUUUGCACAGAUACUCUAGAAAUCUGACAGAAAAUCAGACUCAAUGCAAACCAAUCAGGUGUUUCACUGCAAAAAAUGAUGUUCUUCCUCAGUGUUUUUGUCUUGUUU